AUGUUGGAUCAGACCAAUGAAUUGGUGGCCAAGUUUCAUCAGGCACGAGAUCGAUUUGAACAGUGUGACUUUGUUGAUUUAAAGGUGGAGCUCAAAGUGUGUAGAUCACAAAGUGGAAGAGAGAAUCACAUCUCAUCUUCUGAUGAGGUUGCUGGAAUCAUGGUUGGUACAAGCGAUAAUACAAGUCCUGAUCGUGAUAUUAUAGUGGAGCCGAAAUUUGGUGCCUUGCAAAAGAUAUCAUAUAUUCAUCCAAAAUUGAUGGCUCUCCAAUAUCCUCUUCUUUUCCCAAAUGGGGAGGACGGUUACCACAACAGAAUUCUUUUUCAAAGUGCGGAUAGAGGUUCUGUCAAAGAAUCUGAUAUGAUAUCCAUGAAGGACUAUUACGCUUACAAAUUCCAAGUUAGAGACAAUGAAGGCCUUACUCCGAGGUUAGGAGGCAGACUUUAUCAACAAUACAUGGUGGAUGCUUUCUCUACUAUUGAGCAGACCCAUUUGUGGUGGUUCCGGACUCACCAGACUAUCCUGCGGAAUGAACUCUACACGCAUAUUGCUGAUUCAGUCAGGAAAGGAGAUUCUAAUUCCUCCAAAGUUGGUAAAUGUGUCAUUUUGCCAGCUAGAUAUGUUGGUUCCAAGCGUUACAUGCAGCAGAAUUUUCAGAAUGCACUAGCGGUCUGCCGUCACGUUGGUCAUCCGGACAUUUUUCUCACGGGGUUAAAUAUCAAAGUGGUCACUGAAGUGGAGAAAAGAGGACUUCAUCAUGUUCAUAUGUUAAUAUGGCUUGAUGGACCUUCCAAGAAGUAUUUGAAAGAGAAUGUUGACAAGUUUGUUUCUGCGGAGAUUCCAGACCCUGCAAUUGAUCCAGUAGGGUAUGCAGCUGUGAAAGCAUAUAUGAUGCAUGGCCCAUGUGGCUUGCAAAAUCCCAAAUCUCCAUGCAUGAAGAAUUUCAAAUGUAUCCGGCAUUUUCCAAAGAAGUACUGCUCAAGAACUGUAUUUGAUGACAGUGGCUUCCCACUCUAUAUGCGGCGCAAACAGAAUAUAACAGUUCAUGUACACAAGGCUGAUUUAGACAAUCAAUGGGUCGUCCCAUACAACCGAGACUUAUUGGGUCACGACACUGCGACUGUGGAAAUAACUGGGAGACGGAAGAGAAAACAGAAUGAAGGAACUGAUCAGGCUGUGAUAAAAUCCAGGCUUAUUUUGACAGGAGAUAUGACCUUAUCUGUUGAACGACUUCCGUUCCAUUUACCAGGCCAGAAGAAUUGUACAUUCAAUGCUAAUGAACCGCUUCAUAGAGUGGUGGAACGUGAGAAAGAUCGGCUUAGCAAAUUGGAAGCAUUCUUCAUGCUUAAUGUUUAUGAUGUCAAAGCACGGUGUUACACAUACGAUGAGAUCCCACAACAUUAUGUGUGGAACAAUACCUUAAGAAGGUGGACUCCAAGAAAACGAGGCAAGCAGAUUGGACGCCUUUCUUACACUCAUCACAGCAGUGGUGAGGUGUGGUACUUACGUAUGCUGCUAACCAAGGUGCGAGGUCCUACGUCAUUUGAACAUCUCAGGGCUGUGAAUGGAGUACUUUGUCAAUCAUUUCGUGAUGUGUGUAAAGAAUAUGGCUUGCUUGAUGAUGAUAAAGAAUGGCACGACGUGUUAGAUCAAUGUUCAUGUUAG